AUGGGCGGUCUGGCGGGCUUCCUCGUCGUCUAUCUUCUCGGUGGCCUCACGUUCAUUCCCUUGCUCAUCGUCGCUGUUCUCCUCCACGCCUACUUUACACUUCCCAUCCACGAAGACAAUACAUACGGGGAACGCGAAAUCGAUCCGAUCAUUCAACCAGGAGACGAUAUCGAUGCCAUUAAACGCGCACAGAAGACGCUUGGCGAUCGGUUUCAGCCUCGCAAUAACAAUGAAUCCGACGUAGCUGCUGGCUACUUUGCUAUUUACAGAGAGUAUGUGCCUGCAGCAGCUACGACUGCCCCGUCAGCCAACCAGAGUGUCUAUCAGAGCAUGUAUAGGAGCAUCUUCGACCGGAAACAAAGCUCCAGCCCGCUGGAUAAUAAAGGCGUGGGUAGGCCGCAAAGGAAAGGCGGCAAUGUUUUCUAUGUGGUCCUGAGGCAUGGCCACUUAAUGCUCUUUGACGAUGACGAUCAGCUCGAGGUUCGGCACGUAGUAUCCCUGGCCCAUCAUAAUGUUAGUAUCUAUUCGGGCGGAGACGAAACGCCGGAAGGAGAGCUAUUCAUAAAGAGAAAUGCCAUAUGUCUCUCGAGAAAGACAGAUGUUGGGGGGUUGACGCCGGAUGGCGGGGCGUCGAAACCCUUCUUCCUGUUCUCUGAGAACUGCUCUGAUAAGGAAGACUUCUACUUCGCACUCCUGCGGAACCAGGAGAGAAGGCUGAAUGCAAAGGAUAACCCGCCAGUGCCUCUCAAAUACGAUGUCAAUGAUAUUAUUACGCUAGUCCAGAGGUUGCAUUCCUCAGAAGAGCAUCUGCAGACAAGAUGGAUCAAUGCCGUCAUAGGGAGGGUAUUCCUAGCCCUGUAUAAGACCCCAGAGGUAGAAAAUUUUGUCAGGGCGAAAAUCAACAAGAAGAUCUCCAGGGUGAAGACCCCGUCAUUCUUGUCGAAAAUAGCUUUACGAAAUAUUGAUAUGGGCGAGGCUGCGCCCGUGAUCACCAAUCCUCGACUGAAAGACUUGACAGUGGACGGAGAACUCAUCGUGGAGGCCGAUGUUCGUUAUACAGGAAAUUUCCGAAUUGAAGUGGCGGCUACGGCUCGCAUUGAUCUUGGCACAAGGAUCAAGGCAAGGGAGGUCAAUUUACUCCUGGCGGUAGUCUUAAAGAAGAUCGAAGGCCAUGUAAUGGUUAGAGUUAAGCCACCUCCCUCAAACCGGCUUUGGUUUACUUUUCAGUCUAUGCCAAAGAUCGACAUGGCUAUAGAACCGAUCGUCAGUUCAAGGCAGAUUACAUACACCUUAAUUCUUCGCCAAAUCGAAAACCGAAUCAAGGAAGUUGUCGCUGAGAGCCUGGUGUUCCCGAACUGGGAUGACUCUCCUUUUUAUCAUACGGAGAACAGGUUAUGGAGAGGGGGUAUCUGGGCUGAUGAUGGGAUUUCAGAGCAUACCCAAGGUCCUGAGACUGCUGCGACUCAGGACGGGGACGUAAACCAGGUUCAUCAUCCGGAGGCCGAGCAGGAUGAAGCGAUAUCGACCUUAUCACAAGUGGAAAAGAGCAUAAGCAUGCCUUUGGUUGAUACCUCAUCCUCUGGAACUGCAUUCCCACGCAAAGCUGCAAGGUCUGCUAUGCAUCUGGGAGGUUUAAGAGCGAUGGCUUCAUCCACAAGUGUCGAGACUCAGCCUUGUGAUAAACCGAAAGCUCUCCGAUCCGGCUCAUUUGCUAGUGCCUCAUCACCGAGUGUUAGCACAGAUGUUUCACACGCCGAUACUUUCAAGAAUUCUACUCCUCCCGAACACAGCCAUGCCGCGACUGCCAUGGCCGCUAUCUCAGCUCUCUCCCAGACAAAUUUGCCGGCCCAAACUCCUGUCAGAUACCCGUCACGACCAUCAAGAACGGAGAAAGCUGGUAGUGAGUCUUCAGUAUCCUCGCGAGACUCGAUGCAGUCCGAGGACGAAUUCGAAAAUGACCUGACUCCGCAGCCUUCUCUUAGCCUUCCGGAUCCUACAAACAACCUAAACGCAGGAUCUUAUCCACCCAGUCCAGUCAGUAUGAGCAAUACGUCGUUCAGCUCUCAAGCAUUAUCAGCAAAAUCUUUGGCCUCCUUUGGGAAUGACCCACGAUGUGAGAACCCUUCUCCUUCAUCAGGGAAAUCUUCGGCUGCCGACACCAAGCGCCUGUCUCUCACAGCGGUAACCAAUGCUGCAGCGACAGCCAAGAAGUGGGGAUGGAAUGCCAUACAACGGCACGGCGAACCGAGAACUGAUAGCUCUUCAAGGGUGGCAAAUUCUCCCUCCCAGCCACUGGUCAUGGGACGCGGGCGUCCUCUUCCUCCUCCAGGGACGCCACUUCCGCCUCCUGAUAGGAAAUCAAAAACUGCGCCGGUUCCUGUCCCAAAGCGUAAACCUAUACCCCCAUCAGCCUUGCCUCUAAAGCAGAAAGACCCUGAGCUCGAGUCAAAUGGGGUUGAAAAGCAACAUACAGUUUCAACCCCUCCUUUACCUAAGCGACCAAGUCGAGAAGACGCUGAUGCCGACGGUACUGAUGACGGACUACUUGUUGUUGCUGCGCCUACUGGCGACUCCGAACCAACAACACCAAUAAGUGAAGAUGCGCCAAUAUGCAUGCCGCCUUGGGUUGGCAACGCUGAAGAAACUGGGCCGGUUCAACAAACCGUCACUGCAGAUGGGAAAGAUGUCCCAGUUCCUACCCUAUCUAAGAGGCGACCGCCACAUAGAGUCUUGUCUAGCAGUCCUGAGGAGGAUGGUCCCGAGUUGCCCUCUUGGAUGGCUGCACAAGAAGAAGAAGCAAGAGCAAAGAGCACAUUUGUUGACGAAGAUACAGGAUUGUGA